AUGGGAAGAAUGCCCCAAGUGUGGGGCCCUGAUGCGAAAGAAUUCAAACCAGAGCGCUGGAUCGAUGCGUCGACGGGAAAACUUGUUGGCGUGCCCUCGUUCAAGUACCCUCUUUUCAACGCAGGGCCUCGUACCUGUCUGGGUACCAAGCUAGUGAUGAUGGAGCUAAAGAUCACUGCUGCUAGUGUGCUGAGCAAGUAUCACCUCACUGUUGGUCCAGGGCAAACUAUUACCUACAGGAUCGGCUUGUCACUUGCGAUGAAGAACGGUCUCAAGAUCAAAGUUGAGACGGUUCUUUCUUGA